AUGACUCCCAACCCCAGCCAGGCCCAACCCAAACUGAACUCUUCUCCCCCCGACCCAAACCCCAGCCCCGCCGCCGGCCAACUCCAGUCCCUUCGCCGCCGCCGCCGCCGCCGCCGCCGCCGCGUAGACGCGAGGACGCACACGCAUCCGCUACCACCGCGGCCAUGGUCCUCUCCCACCGCCGCUUCCUCCUUCCACCCCGGCCUCUUUGCCAUCGGCGCCGUCGCACCACUGCCGGCCCCUGCUCGAGCUGGUCAGGCGGCGUGCAGAUCCGCCACUGCCACAGCGUCGUCGUCCUCCACAACCACGCAGCGGCUCCUCGCCCGCGACCCUCUUCUCCAGUUUGGGGGCAAGGAAGGAGAAGCCUUUCUCGCUCGAUCUGGCGAGGAUGGAUGCGCAGCAAGGUGCACCACCGUGAUGAUGGGGAUUCAUUCUUGCUGCCACGAUUCGUCUCGUCGUCCUCCCCGGCAUUCGCAUAGUUGGCCAUGAAAUCUGACCAACUGCUAGCUACUUACACGCAUGCUUACAACGCUAGUUUCCAGUGAGGAAGCACUCAGUACAGUUGAUUGGGUUUGCGAUGUGCAGGUC